AUGUCGUCGAGAAAGUUUGAAAGCGGUGCUUCUAAAAAAAGAAGAAAAGAGUCACAAAACAAAGAAUUAAAAAAAUAUAGAGGGUUAAUGAACGAAUUUGUGAUCAAUUCAGGUGUACAACAGAAACAAGAAAGUGUAGUAUCACAUAAUUUGAAUGAAGAUUUUGGAGAUUUUAGAAAUUCAAAUACCACUAGUCUAACAACUGAACAAACUCAACAAGGUGUAGAACAAAAUCUCUCAUGUACAACAGAUAUCAAUGAAAAUAUUGGUGUUUCCAAUCAGACUUCACAUACAUUCAUUGAUCAGUAUGCUAUGUAUAAAGAAGAUAUCGGUCUUUGGCCAUCAACGAUCACCGAUCAAUUUAAAGAAUAUUUCUCUGAAAGUUCUCCAAAUCAGAACAUGGAUCGCAUUUCAAAUUCUGGUCGACUUUAUGGCAAGGUUUUAAGAAAAAUGACCAAUGACAACUUUUAUUUCUACAAAAAAAAUGAAAACAAAAUAAAUGAGAAUGAUAUUCAACUUUGUAAAAGUGGAUUAAAUAAUUGGCAAAAUAUUAGUAAUAGACUACUUCUUCAUGAAAAAUCUUUCGGACAUCGUCAAGCUGUAUGCACUUUUUCAAAUAGAUCAUCCAUAUUAAGACGUAUAGAUUCUGCUUUAAUUGUACAACAAAAAAAAGAAACUGCCUACUGGCGUAGUAUCUUAGAACGCGUAGUAAGCACUGUUAAGUUUUUGCCAGUGCGUGGCUUACCAUUCUUUGGAAGUGAUGAAAAAUUAAAUUCUCCUCAUAAUGGUAAUUUCCUUGGUAUUAUGGAAUUAAUUAGUCAAUAUGAUCCGUUUCUUUCUCAACAUUUAAAGCAAUAUGGUAAUCUUGGUAGUGGCCAUGUAAAUUACAUAUCAUCUUUUACUGUACGUGAAUUCAUAGAUAUUAUGGCAAAUAAAGUUUUAAUUAAUAUAAUAGAAAAUGUAAAACAAGCAAAAUAUUUCGGUCUUAUUGUAGAUUCUACACCAGACAUUACACAUACUGAUCAGUUGUCAGUGGUAUUAAGAUAUGUAAAUGAUAUAGGCGAACCUAUUGAACGUUUUAUGACUUUUCAUAGUAUUGAUGGUCACACUGCUGAGUAUCUGUUAUCUAGUAUUGUUGAUCUUUUUAAAAAUUGGAAAUUAAAUAUUAAAAAAUGUGUUGGUCAAUCAUUUGAUAAUGCAACUAAUAUGGCAGGUAAAUACACUGGUGUCCAAGCACGAAUUAAAAAUAUUUCCCCAAUGGCAGACUUUGUGCCUUGUGCAGCACAUUCGCUUAAUUUAGUUGGUGUGAUUUCAUUUAAAUCUUGCACACAAGCUGUCAACUAUUUUGGAUUAGUUCAGGCUGUCUAUGUAUUUUUUUCUUCUUCUACCAAAAGAUGGAAAUUAUUAACUGAUAACCUUAAGAAAACAAAAAAUACAUAUAUUUUAAAACCACAUUCUGAAACUCGAUGGUCAUCUAAUGCAAAUGCACCUCAAUAUAGAGUUGAAAGAAAUAACUUAUUAAAACAACUGAAAAAAAAAGAAACUGCUGUUUUCACUUGUAUUUGGAACUCCAUUCUUAGCAGGAUUAAUGAGAGUGGUAUUCAAUUACAAUCAACGACUAGAAAUUUCUCAAAUAUUAUUCCUAUUUAUAACUCAUUAAUAAUUUAUAUUCAAAGUGUAAGAGAUAAUUUCAAUUUAUAUGAAGAAAAAUCAUCAUGUUUUAGUGUUGCAACUGAUUAUACUUUAUUGAGAAAAAAAACUCCUAAAAGUACAUGUCUUAAUGCUACAGACACGCCUGAAAUUAUUUUAUCAGAAAGACAAAAAUUUAUCUGUGAUGUGCAUUAUGUAAUUUGUGAUAAUUUGAUGACCGAGCUAAAUAAAAGAAAAUCCAAAUAUCAAGAACUGGAUGACAAAUUUGGUUUCUUAUACAAAUCAGAAUCAAACUCAAGUGAAACCAAAUUGAAAAUUGAAAAAUGUUUAAGCAGUUAUUGUGAUGAAAUUGAAGUCGAUGAUUUUUUUGAUGAAUUCAUUCAGUUUCAAGCUUAUAUUGAGUCCAUUGAUGAUGUUUACCAAUGUAAGCAGAAUCCGCAUUAUCAACUUAAGUAUUUGUAUGAAAUGAAUAUUCAGCAACAAUUUCCGAACGUCGAAACUAUUUUAAGGAUAUUUUUAUCAAUUCCAUGUACCAACUGUAGUAGUGAAAGGUCUUUUUCUGUACUGAAGAAGAUUAAAACAAGAUUAAGAUCAACACUAACUCAAGAAAGACUUGAUAACUUAGGUUUACUAUCAAUAGAAAGCUAUGAAGACUUGGGUCCAUUGGGGAGGUCAAAUAAAUUAGCUGGCCAAGCAAUGGUCUUUCUAAACCGUGGUUUAUAUGCUUCAUGGAAGUUACCAAUUUCGAAUUUUUUCACUUCUACAUCGGUAAAACACACGGAUUUAAGUAUCCUACUCAUGGACGUCAUUAAAAAGUUGUUAGACUAUGGAUUUAUAGUUAAAGCCAUUAUUUGUGACCCGGGUAAAAAUAAUGUUGCUGCUCUUGUCAAAGACCUAGAAAUGACGAAAGACAAACCGUUUGUUGAGUUAAUGUCUUGUAAAUUGGCAAUGCAGCUCUUUAGCAAUUCGAUGGCCGCUGCAAUGGAGACUUGCAUUAUGACCAAACAACUGAAAUCUAAUACUGCUGUAAAUACUCUUGAUAUGGUUAAAGAGUCAGGGCCGGCCCUAGGGUAG